UUUGUCGGUAUAAACAGAUUUGUCAGUUUUUGGAAGGUUUAGUUUAUACUACCGGGCUUUAAAUCAGCCUUUGAAGUCGAUAUUUCAGUCUAGUUUCUAUCUUCUGUUUAAUUUGUGAUCAGCUGGUAUUUUCUUGGAAACUCGUCCAACGCAAACUUUGUCAUAUUUUUGAAAUAUACAAAUAGUGUUGUAAAUUAUUUUUGAUUUUUAGUACUUUGACAUAAGUUUGACCCAGUUUUUCAAGAACUUGCUUACCCGGCUCCUGGGCACAACAGACGUGAUCAAAAGGACGUUGCACCUAAACUAAACUCGUGAUUUGAGGGCAAUAAAAAGAACAAAGAAAAACACUAGAAGGCUCAAACUUUAUCGAUCCUGCAAUCUUCUCAGUUCCUCAAAUGGUCUGUUCGAUCGUCUGGACAAGAGAACACAACACAACACAACACAACACAACACAGCUAAUAAGCCUCGAGACUUGAGACAAUUUUCAAAAAAGUUAUCAGCUUUAAAGCCUGCUGGACCGGACCGCGCCAAAUAUCGCAAAGCAGACCAUUGAGAUCGCUCAAAAGUAUUAGUGCUAACUAGUCUAAAUAGCUAUCACCGUUCAAUAUAUCAUUAGAUUGUUAUAAAUCCCUAAGCCCGCUAUCCUAGCCGAGGCUUGAGAGAUUUGCAGCUACAGAAGUGUCUGGCUUACUAGCAUUGCGUAAUACUGGGCGCACACCCUGAAACUACCCACUUUUUAUGACCAUCGGUGCUAAUUUUGCCCCACUUUGAUUUCAAGCAAAUAGCUCACCAGUUGAGAUUCAUAAAUCGAGAUUUACUCUGCCAAAAUAAGGCUAAUUACCUCACCUACUUGUAUGCACCUUGAUGACAACUGUUUUGAAAACUUGUAAGUUACCCAAAAAUAAACAAAAACAAUUCCUGGCGUAGUAACGCAAGUCCAAACAAUAUUCCCAAAACUAUAACCAAAAUGUUACCAACAAACAGACUUGUGUGUAAGUUCUUUUUAACCUUGCAGUUAAUUUUCACCACGAAAACUGUAGGGGCGUCGGGUGUCGCGCGAGACUUAGCAGCCGACAACAUACCGACACUCCGAGACUUCUUCGGGGACCUGGAUGAAAUGCCGGAGGAAGUGUUCAUUGAUAUGAUUCAAGACUUGCUAACCACCAUCGCCGCCACUUGUAACACUCAGACAGAGUUUAGUUACUGGGUGUGCAAUCAAUACGAUAUGUUUGGAACGUUGCUUGACCCUGACGGCUAUAAGUUCGUCAACUUGACCCAGUUUCCAGACAGGAAUGUCACUGUUUCGCAGACUAGAGAAGGAGCUUACAUCCAAGGUCUGCUAGGCGCAUUUUUGACCCAGAAGUUGCACUUUUAUAGACUACGAAGGCAGAAUGUUUGCGGGGUGGACACAGGGGAUCUCAUAGCAGAAGAAAACAGGUCAGAGAUGCACAGGUGUGUGAAGGAUGACCUGAAGAGAGUGGGAGCUUUGUUCAAGGUGUUCGUGCGGAAGUACAGCAAAAAAAAUCCCCUCACGGCCGACCUGUUGCACCAUAACUUAUUCGCCGGGCACAAACUGUUCAUGGACAUUGUUGAAGACGAAAAGACAACCCCGUGCCCUUGCGUGACCCAAGAUAAGUGUGCCUCGUUGUCGUUCACUUGCUAUAACCACAACCUCAUUCACGACCUCCCGUCCAUGAUGGGAUCCCAACUCUACCACUGGUCGCUAGAGGGCAGGAAAGCCGUACCCUACGACCACAAGACAAAGAGACUCUACUACGAGGAGUCAAAUAAAGAGAAGAUCAAGAUCGGCUACAAGAGACUGGCCUACAUUUCGGAUUAUGAGAAGAACUGUCAGACGGUGGUCGGUCGAAAAUGCGUGAGGUCAAAAUCGUACGAGAUUUGUCAACCCCAGUUCAAAGAUAAUACAUCUUGGUACCAGCGCUACCUGAAGAAGAGUUGUCCACGUCUGUGCGGUGAAUGCGGACUCGAUUCUUCCGAAGACUUAGACGCUCCGCCCUCUCCUCACUUUUGUGCCGACGAAAUACCACUACAAUACAAGUGCACUCAGCCAGUUUAAACCCCCUUUUAUUUCCCACUUGAUAGUAGGUGGGAGUGCAGAACUUUAAAAAUAACGGCUUUUCUUGAGUGAUUCAACAAAGGCAAGUAUAUAUACAAUAUUUCAUGCUCAAAUGGAGGAAAAAACAUCAAAAAGAGUCUGUAUUAAUAUGGAUGAUCUCGACCCCAACGCGCAUCAGCAGUUUGAAACUGAAAAAUACCACAAAAACGAAAUAUUCUUUUAUUUUAUCAGACUCAAAAAUUAAUGGAACUUUAAUCAUUGAUUGAUUGGAGUUUACUCGUUUUUAAGUAUAGAUGCUCUAGUUUUAAGAGGAUGAAAUUAAUCGAUUUAUAAGUUUAAAAGUAUGACUAAAUUGUGCAUUUGUUGAUGGCUAAAAUGACGUUUUUGAUACAAAACCUGAAUGUAAAUUUGACAAGAUGAGGCGCUAAACCUGUUUUUAUCAUUCAAAUAGCUUUAAUUUUGUGCCAAUACUUCUGAAUUCAACAGAUUCUUCAUCUCUAAA